AUGGCCUCAAAAGUUCUGUCAUCUGCGUCUGGCAUGGUGCGGACAUGUGCACGAGCAAGCACACGCUUCACUGCGCGCACAUGUCUUCUCCCACUUGCGCAGCGCCGCAACAUUUCAGCGUACGGCUACGAGCAAGCCAAAGCUCUCACAUUCUCCGAAUAUGGCGAGCCGCCCGCGGUCCUGUCCCUCCACGGACACUCCAUCUCCCCGCCGCACGGCGAUAACAUGACGAUCCGCUUCCUCGCCUCGCCCAUCAAUCCGGCCGAUAUCAACCAGAUCCAAGGCGUGUAUCCAUCCAAACCGACCUUCACCACAAGCCUCAGCACGCCCAAUCCAAUUGCCGUAGCUGGUAAUGAGGGAGUUGCCGAGAUCAUCGCGCUCGGUGACAAGGUCAAGAGUGCAGGCUACAAGAAGGGUGACUGGGUCUUCAUGAAGGGCCCAGGCUUCGGUACAUGGAGAACACACGCUUCGGCAACCACAGAUCAGGUCGUCAAGCUCGACGAUGCUAUGAGGGAGGGCAUCACCGCCAUCCAGGCAGGCACCGUCAGCAUCAACCCCUGCACAGCAUACCGCAUGAUCACCGACUUCACCACCCUCCAGCCCGGCGAGUGGUUUAUCCAGAACGGCGCAAACUCAGGCGUCGGUCGUGCCGCCAUCCAGCUUGGCAAGAAAUGGGGUCUGAAGAGCAUCAACGUCAUCCGUUCGCGUGACGACAAGGCUUCAGAAGACAAGCUCAAGCACGAUCUCAAAGCCCUCGGCGCAGACAUUGUCAUCACCGAUGCCGAGCUCCAGGCUCAGGGAAUCCGUGACCAGGCCAAAGAAUGGACAAAUGGCGGCCGCGAGAAGAUCCGCCUCGCCCUGAACUGCGUAAAUGGCAAAGCUGCGACCGCGAUGGCGAAACUGCUCUCCUCAUCUUCACACUUCGUCACAUACGGCGCCAUGUCGAAGCAGCCGCUCACCAUCCCCGCCUCGAUGCUGAUCUUCAAAGACAUUCAUUUCCACGGCUUCUGGGUCAGCAGAUGGGCGGAGAAGAACCCCGAGGCAAAGAUUCAGACCGUCAACGACGUCUUGGAUAUGACAAGGAAGGGCGAGUUCAAGGACACGCCGUUCGACCAGAUCAAGUGGGACUACGAAACAAAGGGCGAGGAACUAAUCGCAAAGGUCAAAGACACACUGGAGGGUUAUCGGGAAGGCAAGGGUGUCUUUGUAUUUGGAAAGACAUAA